GCCGCGGAGACAUCAUCACUCGCUGAGUUGUCGCGCGUCGCGUCGGUUCGCCGCUGUUCCGCCGCCUGACCAUGUCCGCCUCCGUCCAAGUGCCAGCGCCGCGCGUCCAAGCGGAUACCACAAUGGCCGCCAUGGUGGCCCACAUGGCGCCCUGCCGCAACACCACGCCCGAGCAGCUGGCCCAGCUGAUUGAUGCGCAUCUGGGUGAUCUGCGGGAGGAGCAGCCCAACUGGACCAUCAGCUCCUCUAAGGUUGCCGGUCGUGGCGUAUUUGCCACGCGGGACAUUGCCGCCGGCGAGCUGAUCUUCCGGGAGCGGGCUCUGGUCACGGGUCCCACCGCGCGCAAGGGCCAGCUGAGCUGUUGCAUCUGCUGCCACCAGCCGCUGCCGCAAACGGGCUUCCUGUGCCGGCACCGCUGCACCCUGCCCGUGUGCGAGACAUGCUCCGAUAGGGAGGAGCACCAGGCGGAGUGCGAGCACUUUCGCCGGUGGCAGCCCAAGGAUCUGGACGCCGAGCCGGGACAGGAGCAGGUUAAUCCGCUGUCGCUACGCAUUCUGACAGCGGUGCGGGUCUUCCACCUGGGCAAGGAGCAGCGUCAUCUGGUUGAUGCCAUGCAGGCGAAUGCGGAGCGCGGAUAUCGCCAGGAGAUCAUCAAGGCGGCACAGUGCUUCCGCAACUUCCCCACCACGGACCGCCUGUUCAUGGAUCAGCUCUUUCGCAUCGUGGGAGUGCUGAAUACGAACGCCUUCGAGGCGCCCUGCCGCUCCGGAGGCCACGAGGUGCUCCUGCGCGGUCUCUUCCCGCUGACGGCCAUCAUGAAUCACGAGUGCACGCCCAAUGCCAGCCACUACUUUGACAACGGUCGACUGGCGGUGGUGCGAGCUGCAAGGGAUAUUCCCAAGGGUGCUGAGAUCACCACCACCUACACCAAGAUCCUUUGGGGCAACCUCACGCGCGGCAUCUUCUUGAAGAUGACCAAGCACUUCCUGUGCGACUGCACGCGGUGCAAUGAUAACACUGAGAACGGCACCUACUUGUCGGCUCUGUUCUGCCGGGAACAGGGCUGCCGGGGACUGGUCAUUCCCGUCCAGACCCGUACCCUGCAGCCGGACUGGCGCUGCCUCACCUGCGAGAAUGUCUUCCCGCACGCAAAGAUGGCACGUUACCAGGACUUUGCCCUCAAUACCAUCAACAAUCGGAUCAACUCGUGCAGCGUCCAGGACAUGAUCCACUUCAUCAAUGAGCUGUGUCCGCGCUUCUGCCCGCCCUCGAACUAUGUGCUCAUCGAGGCCAAGCUGAAUGUCAUCUGGCGGAUGACCCGCUUCGACCGAGACCAGUACACACCAGAGGAGAUGGCCCAUAUGGAUCGGUAUCGCGAGGAUGUCCUGGCCAUACUGCAUAAGCUGGGUGCCGGCGAGUGUACCCUGAAGAAGCUAAUCACCGAAGAGAUCCCAUGAGACAAUGAUGAUGAUGAUGACGAUGCAUUGGCUCUGUGAAUUCACUGUUCUCUGUUAAUAUAUUUAUUUUUUUUCGGCGUGAUUGUGUGAGAGUGAGUGGAGUUGUUUGAAUGAGCGGGGUCUAACCCAAACCCCAUUGUUGUUAAUCUACUUGUUAACUUGUAAGGCAAACAAUAAAACACCGAGCUAUUAUCCAAAA